UGAGCAGCUAGGCAGCUCCUCUCUUCCACACGUGCCAGUGUCCAAGCUUCUCCCAUGGAGACUGCAACCAGUUGCAAUGGUGCACCCGAAGCUGGUCUUGUCGCGCACCAAAGCGUACCUGUUCUUGUGCUCAUAUCUUUUAUGUCUCUGUUCAGCGCAUUUCUGAUAUACUUCUAUGCACCCUUCUGGCUUGUGAGGAGAGUUCCGGGUCCACCAACCAGGUUCCCAGUAGGCCAUCUUCAUCUUCUUGCCAAGAGUGGACCUGAUGUCUUUCGUGCGAUUGCAAAGGAGUAUGGUCCAAUCUUCAGGUUUCACAUGGGAAGGCAGCCACUGGUGAUUGUGGCCAAUGCCGAGCUGUGCAAGGAGGUUGGCAUCAAGAAGUUCAAGGACAUCCGCAACAGGAGCACCCCGCCGCCGACCAUCGGCUCCCUGCACCAGGACGCCCUCUUCCUCACCAGGGACUCGACAUGGUCGGCGAUGAGGAACACGGUGAUCCCGCUCUACCAACCGGCACGGCUUGCCAGGCUCAUCCCGGUGAUGCAGUCUUACGUGGAUGCGCUGGUGGCUAACAUCGCCGGCUGCCCAGACCAGGACUGCAUCCCCUUCUGCCAGCUCUCGCUGCGGAUGGCCAUCGACAUCAUCGGCAAGACGGCCUUCGGCAUCGAGUUCGGCCUGUCAAAGAAUUCCGCGGGCAGCAGUUGCGGCAGCGAGACCGACGGUGGAGAGGGCGACGACGACGUCAGGGAGUUCCUGAAGGAGUACAAGCGGUCCAUGGAGUUCAUCAAGAUGGACCUGUCGAGCUCGCUGUCCACCAUCCUCGGCCUCUUCCUCCCGUGCGCCCAGACGCCGUGCAGGCGGCUGCUGCGCCGGGUGCCCGGCACGGCGGACUACAAGAUGGACGAGAACGAGCGCCGGCUGUGCCGCCGCAUCGACGCAAUCAUAGCUGGCCGGCGGCGAGACCGGGCCGCGCGCCGGCGUGGCGGUGACGGCGACGCCGACGCCGCCGCUCGGUCCGCCCCGCUGGACUUCAUCGCGGCGCUGCUGGACGCGAUGGAGAACGGCGGUGGCGGCGGGAAGGACUCCGCGCUGGAGGACAGGCACGUCCGCGCGCUGGCGUACGAGCACCUCAUCGCCGGGACGAAGACGACGGCGUUCACGCUGUCGUCGGUGGUGUACCUGGUGUCGUGCCACCCGCGCGUGGAGGAGAAGCUGCUCCGGGAGCUGGACGGCCUCGCGCCGCCGCGCGGGCGCGCGCCGACCGCCGACGAGCUCCAGAGCAGGUUCCCCUACCUCGACCAGGUCAUCAAGGAGGCCAUGCGGUUCCACCUCGUGUCGCCGCUCAUCGCCAGGCAGACCUCCGAGCGCGUAGAGAUCGGCGGCUACGUCCUCCCAAAGGGCGCGUACGUGUGGCUGGCGCCGGGGGUGCUGGCCCGGGACGCGGCGCAGUUCCCGGAGCCGGAGGAGUUCCGCCCGGAGCGGUUCGCGGCGGAGGCGGCGGAGGAGCGGGCGCGGCACCCAUACGCGCACAUCCCGUUCGGCGUCGGGCCGAGGGCGUGCAUCGGGCACAAGUUCGCGCUGCAGCAGGUGAAGCUCGCCGUGGUGGAGCUCUACCGCCGGUACGUGUUCCGGCACUCGCCGGCCAUGGAGUCGCCCAUCCAGUUCGACUUCGACCUCGUCCUCGCCUUCCGCCACGGCGUCAAGCUCAGGGCCAUCAGGAGGGAGUGAGACUGGCUUGCUUGGGGCCGCGUGUGGAACACAGCAUCCGUGAUGGUGCCAUGGUUUGUCUUCUCGUGUGUGAAUUGUACUUCAUCAUAGUAUAGUAUUAUCAAAAUAUCAAUAGCAUAUAGGCUGAAAUUAUAAUACAUACAAAUAGCUGAAGAAGACUGGAACGCAUUGAACCGUUUGUAAAUGUGUCGCGGAUACAACUUCCGUACAAGAAUGUGUGUGAUGAAUGGGUUUUCUCCA